AUGGCGACAGGGAAAGUGGAACUGAAGCUUCUCGUGGACAAGUGCAACGGGAGGGUGCUAUUUGCCGAAGGUGGGAAGGACUUUGUCGACUUCCUCUUCCACAUCCUCACGUUGCCGGUCGGAACGGUGAUCAGGCUCCUCGACAAAACCAGGAUGGUGGGCAGUUUAGGCAAUCUCUACAGCAGUGUGGAGAAGUUGAACGAUGUGGAUAUGAAAUCUUCCAAGAAAGACAUUCUCUUGAAACCCAAAGCACCCGCCUCUCUCUCCAAAAUCCCAUUUCUGUUGCUUGAGACUUCGUCCGUAAAUUCAACACCCAAAACCUACUACAGGUGCUCUUCCCGUUCUCACAAUAGCUACUCGUACUAUGCGGCUGAGGAUUGUCAUGCAAUAUGUCCUCAGUGCAGAAAUUACAUGAGUAGCACGUUGACUCUUAGCAAAUCACCAGGGGCGGCUUCGUCGGCAUCAGCAGCUGAAUUGGAUGAUAAGGGCGGUUUUGUGCAAGGUGUGGCGACGUACAUGGUGAUGGACGAUUUGGAGGUGGAGGAGAUUGGGCUUAUUGAGGAGAGGGUGGUCAGCCUCGGAAUGGACGAGGGUAUAAAGCUGCUGAGGGCUUCAUUGCACUCCAAGAAUGUUCUCACUGAUGUCUUCCUCGGUGACAAGGUUUAUGCAAAACUUUUAGUGCUGAUUUGA